AUGGCCCAGGUGCUGAAGCCAACCGGAGGCAGCAUGGUCUCAAGAAGCCAUCCAGAGUGUGGAGACGUGUACUCGGACCUGGCCACGGUGAGCUCCACUGCGGAUAUCGGAGAGGUCCGCGGCGGCAUGGGAUUUGGGCGCCGGGGGCGCGACUUCCUGUCCCCGGCACGGCGCCGCCACCGCACCAGCUUCAGCCACAAGCAGCUGGAGCAGCUGGAGGUGGCGUUCGCUCAGAACCACUACCCCGACAUCUACUGCCGGGAGGAGCUUGCCCGCCUCACCAAGCUCAACGAGGCCCGCAUUCAGGUUUGGUUUCAGAACAGACGAGCCAAACAACGGAAGCAGGAGCGAGCGUCCAAGAAGGCGAUGCCGGUGGGUGUCCUGCCGGGACCCGGGGCCCUGAUCAGCAGCAUGUGCAUGCCUGCUUCAGGUAUCAGCCGGCAGUUCUACCCCCAGUCCCUGCCGCACAUCCACCGGUUCAGCUCUAUGCUGCCCUCUGGUGGUUAUGCGCACCACCCAGGCGCCGUCCCUGGCCAGUGUCCCUGCCCUGCUGUGGUGCAGCCCCAGCCCCCGGGACCCCCUCGCCAGCACGAGGAAUGGUACGGGCCCCUCAGGACCAUAGGGGGCCCGCCCGCUAACCUGGGUACACCUGUGUUCUCCCUGGCCUCCAUGUCAUGUCUUGACUCUGCCUCUCACUGGAACUAA